UGCAUUAAACAGUUGGCAUGCUUUUGUCAAAAUGAUCUGAACAUCGUACGAUCAACGUUCAACUCUGGCUGUAAUCACUUCCGGAGGACUGACUACAUCAUUAUUUAUCUUAUUUGAUGGAUAGCCAGUAGCCGCACACAUGUUUACUGUUAUAAAUUACAUAUUGCCUAAAUGGUGAGGAUCCAAAGGAAAUGGUAUAUGGCCGAUGUUGUACUCAACAGAUUGUUAAAAUACUACUAAAAUGGCUAGUCCGACCUCGGACAACAGCCUCGACUCUAUACGUGGUUGCUGUUGUAUGUGUGCUGGGAACAAUGCUAAUGUCACUUUCUCAAAUAUUCCAUGUUCAUACGACAACUUCACCACCUGCUCACCAUUGGUCAAUUCACUUUCUGUCAGACACGGGAAUUCAUGGCACGAACUUUACCAACACCACAGAAAGAAACGAAACAAAGUUCAUUUGGACACAUCCAGAAAUAGACCUAUUAAACAAGGAACCAUUCCAUUUUUUAAAGAAGUACAAGAAUCCAUGUUGGCAUGAACCUUUAUACACCACGAAUGUUUAUCAGAACAAUAAAUACAGUUUACUGUCACCAAAUGUUCGUAGCACCAUUAUUCGUUUAAUGACCGAAUGGAGCACACGACUUACAAGGGACCAAAUACCUCAAAGACUUAGAUGUUUACCGUAUUUCUUUAUAAUUGGACAGCCAAAAUGUGGAAGUACUGACUUAUUCAGGAGAAUUAUACAACAUCCUGAUGUAGUCUCUCCUCCAAUUAAAGAGCUCCAUUGGUGGUCCAGAAACAGAAUGGGUAAAAGACUUAACUAUACCGAUAUAAUACCCUUGUCAGACUAUAUAGACAUGUUUGAUCAGACAGCAGUUCAGAUAGAAAGAAGAGGCGACGAAGCCAAACAUCAAAUUGUUACAGGUGAAGCCAGUGUUUCAGUGAUGUGGGAGAAUGAUGAUUGGUGGCAUCUACCAGAAAAUAUAGGACAAGAUGAACCACUGUACACAAACGCUGAUUAUAUGAAACACUUUAUACCGGAUUUGAAAGUUAUAAUUAUUUUGAGAAACCCAUCAGAAAGGUUAUUUUCAGAUUACCUUUACUUCAAUCCCACAGCUAAUAAGUCAUUAGAAGAUUUCCACAACAGAGUCAACUUUUCUGUGCAACUUUAUGAAAAUUGUUUUAAUAACCAUUCCAUUCGCCACUGUCUUUAUAACUACACAAUAGGCAUGGCAUCGCAGGUACGACUUAGGAUAGGAGUUUAUAGCGUGUAUUUAAAGGAUUGGUUGAAAUUAUAUCCACGAGAACAGUUUCUUGUUCUUACUUUGAAUGAGUACUCUGGAAAAAUGCUAAAAACCAUGAAGAAAGUAUUCAAGUUUCUGAAACUCCGACCUCUUUCGAAAGAGCAAUCUGAAGCAAUGAAAAAGCUUAGAAGGCAGAAUAAAAGAAAGUUUAAAGAUAAGAAACUGGGAGCUAUGAUGAACAAAACCAAAGAAAUGCUUGAGACAUUUUAUGGACAGUUUGAUAGAGAAUUAUCAGAAAUCCUUGGCUACGAGUUUUCCUGGGAAAGUACAGAAGAGCAUAAUAACAGUUACAUCAAAAAUGCUCCCGUUAUUGAUGAUAAUGAUUAUUUGUGAACAAAUAGUGCGUCAGAUCAUAAUAUAAGAACAAACAAAGUAUGACAGGGUAUCUGAUAACAUCUGCGUCAAAAAUGGUGCUUUAGUUGAUGGUAAUGACGACUUUGAUCAAAUUAUGCUUCAGAACAGAAAUAUGUAUGUAAGGGCUUACUAACAGCUGGCUCAUAUAUGCUCCUAUACUUUAUAAUAAUGACGAUUUUUAUCAAAUAAGGCUUUACAACAUUACAUAAAAACAAACAAGCAGCUGGCGUACA